AUGCUUUAUUUUUGGGAAAACAAGAAGGAGAUGGAAGUGAGCAUGCAGAAAGACUGUGUCAAUUACAUGAAUAUUGUCAGCCAGCAGAUGGGCCUGCGUAGGCUCCCACUACCAAAGCCGACGGCGGCAUCGGAUGACCUCUUGCAUUUCCUUGUCACGAAUCUGGUCCACUGUAAUUCAGUCUUUGCAGAUGAGAAGCAACGGCUCUAUCUUCUAUCGGGCCUCAACCUGUCGAGUAUAUCCGCGUGUCGGGCGGUGUCGUUGUUUGAUACCAGACACUCGGUCCAUAUUCAGGUGGAUGAUGGGCACAAGUUGUCUGAUGCAGAACGGACUGGCAAGCAAUGCUCACCAUUUGCAUCAGGCGGUCAAACACUGGAUGACUCGGGCUAUGAUACUGGCAAAGAUAGCACCCCCAGUGAGCCCUGA